CUGCGCCGGCGCCACCCCCUCCGCGGCGCCUUCCGGCACCCGCCACCCGCCACCGCGCGGCCGCCAGGAGCAGUCCUCUCAGGCGCCGCACGGAGCGCGCUCCCCGCGGCAUUCACGAUGACGUUCGUCAGAAGUCACUACGAGGAGGUGUCUUCACCAUUGGAAUUAUUUGAAUUGUAUGAAGUAGUGCAUCUCAUAGAUAAAUGGUUUAAAUAUAUCUGUUAUUGUUUCAGUGAGAAAAUGGUGAAAGACAUGAAUGUUCGUGGACAACUACUGCUCCUCAUGACAACGUAUAUUGCAUUAGACAAUACAGUUGGUGUUAGUGGCAUCUGCUCUGCAAAUAAUGUGUAUGGAAGGCAAACAUGUCCAGAUCCGCAAUCGGCGUUGGGCGCCAUCGCCGAGCUGGACGAAGGCGGGGAGCUGAAGAUCCAAGUGGCUCUGUCGUGGGGGGCCAGGCCGUACGGGACGGCGUGGCGGCUGCGCAUCCAGAGGACCGUGGAGGACAACGCGGACGCGCUGCUGCUGCUCGCUGUGCCGUGCGCGGACCUCGCCGGAACCACCACCUUCGCCUCCGCCUCGGCCCCCGAAUCGAGCGUCCUGUGCGCUUUCACUGCGCUCCUCGCCGUGCGGCCGGGCCAGAACCUAUGGGUGUGGGUGGAGAAGCUGGGGCGCAACGGCGACUUGGGCUGCUCGUUCUGCGAGGCGAGGCCGGUCGCGGUGCUGGUGCUGCGGCAGGAGGAGACUCUGCCGCCGUCGCUGUCGGUGCCGCCCGCACCGCCACCGCCACCGCCGCCGCCGCCGCCGCCCGCCUGCCUCCACCUGGGCGCUGUGGUGGCGGUCAGCGCCGCCGCGGCGCUCGUAGUCGUCGCAGUCGCGGUGCUCCUCUGCGUCGUAAUAAUGCGCCGUGUUGCAUUACGACAGAGGCUGCAAAAAUCCUCGUCAGCUGAGAAAACAAACAGACAAUAUUCAAGCCGACGAACUCCUGAGUGGACUGGACAGGUACGUUUAUAA